GGACUUGGUAUUAAUUUGACUGCUGCCGAUACGGUAAUUUUUUAUGACAGCGAUUGGAAUCCGACUGUGGACCAGCAGGCUAUGGACAGGGCCCAUCGGUUGGGUCAAACCAAGCAGGUAACGGUGUACAGAUUAAUUUGUAAAGGUUCUAUCGAAGAACGCAUCUUACAAAGGGCUAGAGAAAAGAGCGAGAUUCAAAAAUUGGUCAUUAGCGGUGGUAACUUUAAACCGGAUACACUCAAGCCUAAGGAAGUGGUGUCGUUGCUGUUGGACGAUGAUGAACUGGUACAGAAAUAUCAUUUGAAAAUCGAUAAUACUUCCGAAGAGUUGGACAGAAAACGAAAAUUACAAUACAAGACAAUACCAGUUGGCUUGGAACCCAAAAAAUCUAAACAAGAACCAGUGGCACCGUUAGAAGAAGCAAGUAGUAUCGUCGAAAGUGGGCCUAACAGUCCAUUAAGUGUCAAUUCUAAUGACAUUUUGGUAGAUGACGGCGUAGACAUUUACAAUGAUGAAUCUGAUUCGCCUAUUACCAAUAAAUAUACUGUAUAUAAUGUAUACGGUACAACUGUGAAACCAAGGAUUCCUGGAAGAGGAUCAUCUCGAAGGGGGCGGCCUAGAGGAUCUAGAAGCCGUACAACAGGGCUUGGCCGGACGUUACCUAAUAAUUGCGUCUCCACUUCACCGGGACCUGCUGGUAUCUUUUUACCGGAUCAAACGCCUCCAGAUUCGGGAUCUGGAUCUGUAUCUUCAAUGCAUUCAUCGCCGUCCACCUGCUUUAUGGACUCUCCUGUUUCCUCUCAAGGUUCUACUACUCAAACCCCAUCAGUACGGCGGGGUCCUGGCAGACCCCGUCUAAAACCAGGUGGCCCGUCCAACGCCGGUUCUAGAGGAACAUACCGACCUCGCAAACCAUCAAGGCCUUUACCGGUCCCGCUGCCUUCGGAUGGCACCAACCUAGGAUCAAAUGUAAAUAGUAACGCGCAGUAUUCAAGUUAUUCGUUUUAUGAUUACCCCGACGAUUAAUAAUAUUUUUAAUUUUUAAACUGAAUUAUAAUUGAAUAAGUCUGACGAACUUUUCAGUGUAAAAAUUAAGGUGAUAUGGUGUGGCCCAGCACACUACUUGAUGGUGAUAUUACAAAAGUAUAGCAAAUAUUGGUUGAUUUUAGGUACAUUAAUAAUUAGGAGGAUGCCUGAAUUAACGUAUAGACACUAAAUUGUAAAUAUUCAGGAGAAGAGUCGUAUCAGAUUCAGGCUUUCGAUGACUUAUGAAGUGUAUUCACCUAUAACAUAAACUUACUUGAACAGAUGCUUUAAAUUUCGUGAUAUGUAUACUUCAUAUUUAUUAUUUUCUGUUUUUUUUUUUAUUUUCUUUUAAAGUCCAAAGAUUAUUUCCCUUGUUGAUGGCAAAGUCUUGUUUAGAGAUUAUCAAUAGAUCAUAUUUUAAACAGUUUUUGAAUCUACAAGUAGAUAAAACCCUUUAAUGGAUAUUAAGGACUUUUUUUCGUUAUUUUAUUCAUAAUGAAUAACUUUUAAACAAUAGAGUAUAAGUCAUGUUUUCCUUAAUACCUUAUUCCUAGCAAAUGUUUUCUUUUUUGCCUUUUUUUGAGUUUUUCAUUUUUACGCGUUGUGUGUACAGUAUGGCUGUAGUUUAACUGAACUACAGUAUGCUAUUAUGAUGUUUCGAUGUAUUAUACUUUUGUUUUGAGUGCUU